AUGGGGAAGAUCAAGAAGAAAGGAACCUCUGGCCAGGCCAAAAACUACAUUACAAGAACUCAAGCUGUUAGAAAGCUGCAGAUUUCACUUCCCGAUUUCAGGCGUCUAUGUAUAUUCAAGGGUAUCUAUCCUCGUGAACCGCGAAACAAGAAGAAGGCUUCAAAAUCUGCAACCGCAAGCACAACAUUUUAUUACACCCGAGAUAUACAGUACCUACUUCAUGAACCACUUCUAAACAAGUUCCGCGAACAGAAAGCGCUGGCAAAGAAAAUUGCGAGAGCACUCGGUCGUGGUCAAGUUGGAGAUGCGUCGCGCUUGGAGAAAAAUCUUGCACCGAAGCUUACGCUUGACCACCUUGUCAAGGAGCGCUAUCCUACAUUUAUUGAUGCCCUUAGGGACCUGGACGAUGCCUUGUCUUUGCUUUUCCUCUUCGCCAAUCUGCCCUCUACCGCAACAGUUCCCCCAAAGACCAUUGCCCGCUGCCAACGGCUAUGUCAUGAAUUCCAACACUACUUAAUUGCAACGAACUCGCUUCGCAAAUCCUUCCUCUCUAUAAAGGGAAUCUACUACCAAGCUACCAUACAGGGCCAGGACAUCUUAUGGCUCGUUCCUUAUCGUUUCGUGCAGCAAGUAUCUGGCGACAUUGACUUCAGAAUCAUGGGAACUUUUGUAGAGUUCUACACAACUUUACUUGGCUUCGUUAACUUCCGUCUUUAUACCUCGAUUGGGCUUGUAUACCCUCCAAAAUUCGACGUUAGAAGUGAUGAGAAAGGCGCCGAACUCGCAGCUUUUACUUUGGAAGGCAAAAAAAUAAAUGAUGAAAAUACUGUUAUUGAGGCUGCUGAAAACAAGGAAUCAGAGCCUGCAUCCAAGGAAAUGCAGGAGAAAGUUAAUAGCAUCUUAAAAAAUGUCAAAGUCGAUACUGCUCCUGAAGCCGUCGCGGAAGAUACUCCAGCUGAGCGUGAAGAUGCAAUUGAUACCUUUGAGCCAAAGGCGCCUGAUGCGGAUACUCUUCCGCAGCCACAGAUUAGUGGAAAUGAGGCUGCAGCCCUAUUUGCGCCACUUACUGUAUUCAUUUCAAGAGAAACUCCACGAGCCCCUCUAGAGUUCUUGCUGCGUGCCUUUGGCUGCAAGCGCGUAGGGUGGGACUCAGUACUAGGGGAUGGUGCUUUUACACAUGAUGAAUUAGACCCCAGGAUAACACAUCAAAUUGUUGAUCGACCUCCUCUUAUAGAGUCUGCCCUUCCUCCGCUACCACAAAACCCUCAAGAAGGCGAAGAAUCAAUUCCAAGAGUACGACCUGGACACAGAAUCCCUGGCCGGAUAUAUGUCCAGCCACAAUGGGUAUGGGAUUGCGUGAAUGAUGGAAAGCUUCUCAGACCAGACCUUUACGCACCUGGAGCAAUUUUACCCCCACACCUUAGCCCAUGGGUCAAAUCAUCUAACGGGGAGUAUGAUCCGCGAGUGAGCCUCGCAGAUCAAGAAGAAGAGGGUGAAGCCGAGAGAGCUGCUGAGGAAGAGGAAGGAAGCGAAGAAGAGGAUGAAGAUGAAGAAGAGGAACCUGCAGAAGUUGACGAAGACAAAGAAGCAGUUGAGGGGGAAGCAUCUGAUACGGACUCCCUAAAUGGUGGUAUGGAUGUUGCAAACUCGGAUGAUGACGAAGAAGCAGACGACAGUGAUGCGGAAGUAGAUGAAUCCUUUGGCGGUUUUGACGAGGAGCCCGAGGCUGACGAAGAAUCCGAUAAUGAAGAAGAUGCCGCCCAAAAACAACAUCAAAUGGAACUCGAGGCCGAGGCGUUAGGCCUCCAGCCGGUUAAUGAGCCUGAGACAUCGAAAAAGUUGAAGAAAAAGACCCAGGGUGCUAAGUCAAAGAAGUACGCUGCCGAGAAGAAGAAAGCAGAAGAAGAACUUGAACGCCAGAAGAUGAUGCUGAGUCGUAAGAAGCGUAAGUUACUUGAUAAAAUGAUGUACUCAAACAAGAAGAAGGAGGAGGAGGCGGAAAAGCUCAGGAGAAAAAGGCGGAAGAUUGAACAGGGCCUUAUGAAAUAA